CGCAGCGACACUCCAGCCUGCCAGUUCCACCCCCGACACUCACCUCGCCCAACGACUAGACCGCCAGCCAUGUUCAGAUCGGGUGCAGGAAACGUGACCCCCGUCCCAGACGACACCGACAAGAUCCAGAGGUACAUCCAGGAUCGCCGAGUCAUAGGCUACGACCCGCUCGUGCAGCCAUCUCUCCUGCGCCAUGAAAUCCAGUCCUCUCCCCAGUCGCAGAAGACGAUUGCUGCCGCCCGCUUCAACGCAGCCAGGAUCCUCGCGGGCCAGGACGACCGCGUCCUCGUCAUCGUCGGCCCGUGCUCGAUCCACUCGCCGUCGCAGGCGCUAGAGUACGCCGAGCUGCUCAAGUCAAAAAUGCCCGAAUGGACGAACCUGCACAUCAUCAUGCGGGCUUACUUUGAAAAACCACGCACGACAGUGGGCUGGAAGGGCCUGAUCAACGACCCGGACAUCGACGGCUCGUUCCAGAUCAACAAGGGUCUGCGCAUUGCGCGCCAGCUGCUGUGCGACCUCACACACAUGGGCGUGCCCGUCGGGUCGGAGCUGCUCGACACGAUCUCGCCGCAGUACAUUUCGGACCUCACCUCGUGGGGCGCGAUCGGCGCGCGCACGACCGAGUCGCAGCUGCACCGCGAGCUGGCGUCCGGCGUGUCGUUCCCCAUCGGGUUCAAAAACGGCACCGACGGCAGCGUGUCGGUCGCCGUGGACGCGAUGCGCGCGAGCUCGAACCCGCACGCGUUCAUGGGUGUCACGGAGCAGGGGCUCGCGGCCAUCGUCAAGACGCGUGGCAACCAGGAUGUGCACGUCAUCCUCCGUGGCGGCACCAAGGGCCCGAACUACGCCUCGGAGCACGUCAAGGCCGCGGCGUCGAGCAUCGAGAAGGCACGCCCGGGCCACCACCCGUCCAUUAUGGUGGACUGCAGCCACGGCAACUCGCAGAAGAACCACGAGAACCAGGCAAAGGUGAUUGACGACAUCUGCGAGCAGCUCGCGGCGGGAGAGAAGACGAUCACGGGGGUCAUGGUCGAGUCACACAUCAACGCGGGGCGACAGGACGUGCCGCCCGAGGGCCCGGGUGCGCUCAAGCACGGCGUGUCCAUCACGGACGCGUGCGUGGACUGGCCCACGACGGUCGAGAUGCUCGACAAGCUGAACCAGGCCGUGAAGAAGCGGCGGCUGAACUACAUCGAGGCGGGGCUCAAGAAGCCGGCGGCUUUCCAGCGCGUGCUCGAGAGCUCAUGAAGGGGGGCGUGUGCGGAGAUAUACGGUAUACAUACAUGUAGAUGCGCUUGCUGCGAUUGGAACGAAUGUAUCACGUCUUGGUGUACCCUUAGCGCGUGGCACGUCCGCAUUGUGCGCCUCGAGGCAGAAGUUUGGGGCUUGCAACGAACAGCCUGUACGCCUGCCGAUAUUGAACCCCGCACGACCGAUCGCUUGCGCUUCACUCCUCCAUGCGACUGGACAGCCCAUGGUACAUACAUGCAUGUAUUGUCCGGCAUAGAGCGACGCCCUCGAGCAGCUACAAAUACUGGAUUUCUUGA